UCCACAGACCUCAGUGCCGUAGAGUUAGUCGUUACCAGGCAGCCCACGAGUCAUGACAUUCCUGUCAGUGAAUAAUACCAAGGAAUCGGAUAAAGCGGAUACCAAAAAGGCUAGCACUAAGGGGAAUACCAAUGGAGAGAACUGCAAAAAAAAAAACUUUUGUGGCUUAAGCGAAAAUUGUGUCCAGGCCUGCGCCUGGGUACUCCUGACAAUUGGACUUUGUUUUAUCGUCGUUACCUUUUAUUUGGCCAUAAACGAGAAGAACAAUAAGAGUGCCCGUAAUUUCGAUAUCGCUUCCGAGGAUGAGGAAAAUCUUUUAUCGGCCAGUGUAAUUGAACCGAAUUAUGAUUUCAAUUCGGAAGAGAAUUUAUUGCGUUUUAACCAUGACAGCGAGUGGAUGGAUUCACCACGUAACAGCCGGAUGAUUAUUGAAAAUGUAUUCGGGCCAAUAUCGGACACCUUAACUGGCUGUGAGGAAAAGCUUUGUAAGAUUGCCUGUUCGCAUGAUGGCAAUAUCCAUACGUCAUUGUUCAAGACCAUGAAGACCACCUCUUGUCCCUCCAUCGAUGUAUUGUUGAUGGAAUCCCAAGAUUUCCCCGAUAAUACCCUGACCAACUCCUGGAUUCCUACAAAUCUCUCGGUCUAUGAGAUUAUCAUACGUUCCGGAAAUUUAACAAGAAUAAGGGGUAACUCUUUCAAUGCUCCCAUGUUUAUGGGUACAUUUUUGAUGUCAUGGUUCAGUUUGGAGCUUGAUACGGUUGAGAGUGGAGCCCUGUUGGGACUGUUUAAACUGCGUUACCUAACAAUAGAUAGUAAAAUCAAAAGGCUGGAACCGGCCUUCUUCCAGCCGGUACAAACUACCCUUACCCAUUUGAAGUUUAAUGCCCAUUUGGAAAUGCAUGGCAGUCGGAAUCUCUUCGAUGUGGGCUAUAUGAGUAAAUUGGAAUAUUUGGAUUUAAGUUUCAAUAACAUCACCGGAUCGCUGAGUCGGCGUAUGUUCCAAUCGACGCCGAAUUUGAAAUAUCUCAUAAUGAUCGAUUGUAAACUGGAACACAUCGAGGAGUAUGCCUUUGCGAAUUUGUCGAACAAAUUGAUAUUUUUGAAUUUAUCCAAAAAUCGUUUGGUCACCCUGGGUACGGAGAUUGUGAAGCCAAUUCUGCAGAAUAAUUUGGGUGCCAUGAUUAGUCUCAGCCACAAUGAGUGGCUGUGUGAUUGUGCCAUGCAAGGCUUGGCCAAUUUGUAUCGGGAGCAGCGAAAUAAAUUUAUGGAAGAUGUCUACUGUACGGCACCACGCAUUUUCUAUGGCAUGCCCAUAGAUGAGGUGAACUACGGAGAGCAGAAUUGCGAAGCAUUAUCUACGACGGUAUCUCCCGUCGAGGAAUUGGAGACGUCUUCCAUGGCUCCAAUGACCACACCCAAGAUAAAUGAAUACACACCGAAAAUAGAUUUCGAUAACAGCGAAGAUGAGGUCGAUGACUCGUCGGAUUUGGCGACGGUAUUUAAAAUGCGUUGCGUCAAUUUUGAGUCGUUGGAUUCCACUAACUCGGAAGUUGCCUCCUCAUCGAUUGAUAUCUCUAUGGAACGUAAUUUGGAUUUGACUGGGGAGACGGACUAUUUCGAGCUACCACCGCCAACGCAUGAAUUCGAUUUGCAGCUCAUCGAGGAGAAUAAUACCGUUGUUGUAUUGGUCAAUGAACCUGGCGAUUUGGUCAUCAUAUGGUUCAGCGAACAAGAGGAAGCGGAUUUUGUAACCUGCAAUGGCCGUAACGUGGACUACGAAUGCAUGCGUUAUGCCCAACCUCAGUUGGUGGUGGGCCCUUUGGUGGAGAAUACCACCUAUACCUUUUGCCUGGUGCCUCCCUAUCAGAAUGCCAUCUCGCCCUUUAACUGCAUGCCCCUGCAUGUGCCUCACAAAAGGCAAGAGAACAUUUGGAUAUCCCAGGAUAAUAAACAAUUCACCAUUGGCAUGUUGUGUCUGAUUUUCCUGGUGUCCACCAUUAUGGGAGCCUUGGUGGCCUACUGUGGCAUUAAGACCUAUCCCGAUCUGUUGGAGGGUUCCAAAAAUGUCCUCGUUGUAAAGAAGCCCGAUAAGUCAUGUUAUGUCUCAACCAUAUCCGAAAAGGAAUACAUUAAACAGAACUCGCUGAAGAAACGCAAAAACUGCAACAACAAUGAGAAAAAGGAUUCGCUGACCAAGGAGGUGCUAAGGAAGAAAUCUUCCAUUAAAUUACCCCUGCCAGCCAUACCACCCGAAUCUCCACCACCAUCCUUUCAAAUGUCCGUUCAAAAUUUGCCCCAGAGUUUAAUUCCGAACAGCUCUUGUGUGGAUGACCCAUUCUCCUCGGAUUUUCAUUGUCGCGAAGAGAACUACGAGACACCCAGAUCCUGUGAAAAUGAAUACACUUUGGAACAACGCUCGGCUCCAAAUCACUAUGCCAUGAGUCCGGCAUCUCCACCGCCAUUGCCAAAGCGUAAUUCAAAUCUUUCAGAAACCUCUACCUUGGUCUUGCAAAGGUCCUCGAAGGAAAUGUAAUUUUGGGCUUAAAGAUAUGUCCUCUACUUAAAAUAUAUAAUAUAACAUUAUAAAUAUAAUAUUCAAUGGCGAUAUAAUAAAGAUCCUCGUGAUCCCUGGGGCAUCUUUUUGCUAUAAAAAAAAUCAGGUCCCUGAGGAAAAA